AUGGUCAUAACAAGGCGCCAAAGUGCGAGAAUCGCGAUGGCGAACUUUGAUCCGUUGCAGCUCUACACUGCGUCAAACGAUGCGGAACCACACUCGGACUCGAACCCAGACCCGGAAUCCUCCGCGCUAUCGGACAUUGACGAAAAUGAGUUUGAGUCGGAUGCGAGGCCGACUAAAUGUCGGAAGACUGCAGGGGGACAAGCGCCGCAAGCGGUAAGGAAGACAAAGACCACGAUCGUCAAGACGGUGAAGACGAGGACGAAAGCAUCAGCAACCACCACAGUCAGUACUUCGACCUCCGCCACAACUACUCUGACAACAACAAAAGCCAAGCCAAGAGCCACAGCAGCCUCAAUUCAAGCCUUUAUCACCCAGAUCUUCGAAUCACCGCUAUCCCAGGGACACGAACUCCCAUGCCCCCCAUCCCAUCCGCAUCCAUCAACCUACCACAACCCCCUCCUUCUCUCCUUCGUCACUGCCCGCGCCAACCGCGAUGCGCUUCUCACCUGGUUCGACUCUGUCACUUACGACAGAAGAAUGCCCUGGCGAAAACCUUGGAUCGACACCACCGCUCUCCUCUCAUCGUCAUCCUCCUCCGUAUGCCCUGACGAUCUGAGGGAAGCUGUAGCUCAGAGAGCCUACGAGGUGUUGCUUUCCGAGACCAUGCUACAGCAGACUCGUGUGGCGCCCGUAAUUGCCUACUACAGCAAAUGGCUAGCCAUCCUACCGACCAUGCAGUCUCUGGCAGCAUCCAACCCAGCGACUGUCCUCUCCCUUUGGAGCGGACUUGGUUACUACUCGCGCGCCACUCGCCUUCAGACGCUCGCUCAACAGGUUUGUCCGCCUCUUGAGCAAGGUGGGUAUGACGGACUGCUCCCUCACACGGUGGAGAAGCUGAUGCAGCUGCCGGGCGUGGGUCGGUAUACGGCCGGAGCUGUGGCGUGCAUUGUGUACGGGCGGGCAGAACCAAUGGUGGAUGGGAACGUUAUCAGGGUGUUGGCGAGACAGUUGGGGAUCAGGGGGGAUGUGAAGAGUAAGGAGGUGCUGAAGGUGAUGUGGGAGGCUGCUAAGCGGCUGGUUGAGGCUGUUGCUUGGGAUGGGACCGAUGCCACUGAUGAGGAGAGGAAGGGAAAGGAGCCGCCGGUUAGCGAUCGGCCAGGAAAGUGGGGUCAAGGGUUGAUGGAACUUGGAGCUACUGUUUGCCUUGGAGGCCUGGCGAAGCCCAAGUGUGGGCUGUGUCCUAUUAAGGGAACUUGCAGGGCGUAUCAAGAAGGCGUGGAGAUUGCUGCACAGAAGGGGCUGCUUCCGGGGAAGGAGGGGAUGGGAGCUGGAAGGGUGGUGGACAUUGAAGAUACCUGCACUCUCUGCCCAUCACCAGAAGCGGAAGAGUCUGACAAGGACGAGAGUGGUGCUGGAUCGAAGAAGCGGAAGAAGAAAGGCGAGGUGUCCGCAUUCUUUGACAAGUUCAAGGCCAAAGGAGCCCGGAGCAAGAGACAAGCAUCAGCUGACUCUGACUCGACAGAGCUGGAGCCAUCUUCAGCCGCCAUGGAAGUCAUCACCUCCCAUUGCUCCAAAUACCCAUAUAUCAAACCCAAGACGAAGAAGCUGCGCGAGGAAGAGUGUCUCGUGAUAGCAAUCCGUCGGCCAUCCGACGGGCGCUACCUCAUCCAUAAGCGGCCGGCAAAGGGUCUGCUGGCAGGCAUGUGGGAACUUCCCAGUCAUACGUUGCCUGCUGAUUCGGCAUGGAGUAAUGAGACGGUGGCCAUGAGGGAAGAAAAGGUGCGGAAGGUUUCGGAACAAGGAUUGAGAGAGGUGGGAGUAGAGAGCUUGGGCGUGAGAUACUGGGGGAAGAGUCAGGAAGAGUUGGGGGUCGUGCCAUGGACAUUUUCGCAUUUCAAGUUGACCAUGCAUGUCUGGGCCGUUGACUUAGCAGAGGGGGAUGGGCAGAGUGUUUCAGGCGACUACGAACAGGAGGGUGAUGCGAAGGUGAAGCGGUGGGCCACGAUGGAGGAGAUUGAGGGAGAAAACAUGGGGACGGGGAUGAAGAAGUGUUGGGAAUUGGUGAAGGAGUUCGGGGCAUAG